AUGCCGUUGAACUUACUAGAAGAAAAUGGAAAUAGCACAACCUACAACUUCACUGAACUACGCUUGGAAAUAAUAGGAAACAAGGACCUCAAAUUUAAAUUAUUGAAUGACGUUGCAUUCAUGAACCAUUUGAUGUCCAGCUUUGCUGCCUACAUUUCAAAGCUUAUUGAACUGAAACAUGAAGCAGUAUACCACUUGGAUAACUUGGAGGAGCAAGUGGUCAUACUUCACAUUCUAAGCUCGUUUGCAUCGGAAAUUGACGGCCUAAAUAAUGAGGGAGUCUUAGCAUCAAUCAGAAUCAUGGAGUUGGCACUAGAUCCGAUUGGGCAACUUUUAGGCCAUUUUGUGGAAAAUGUGCUCCCACUGGUAGGUACUACAAAUGAUGACAAGUAUAUAUUUCAAGUCGAAGCUUUGAUGGGCCAUUGUUUAGACAUUAUGAUUAUAUUGUCCAAUCUUCGACAAAAUCAGGUGGAACCAAAUAAAAUUUGGAGAUUCAUUACAUUAUUAUUAAUUGCCACUGAUAACACUCAUGGUAAUAUAAUCAAGUUGCAUCCAAGUAUAAUUGUUAAACUGUUGAGGUUGAUACCGUUGUUGCUUACUGAGGCAGUGUCUUUAACUGGCAACGCAAUAUUGACUCUAUCUGUGACGUUGCUAAGUCGCUUGGCAUCCGAUUGCAAUUUGAUUAUCCAUACACAUUUACACGAUCUAUAUCCUUCACAGGGCGAUCUUUACUGGAUUGCGUUUGAGGACGACCAUCUUCCGAAUGUUGACUUGAACGCCUCGCUAACCGAUAAGGUCAUAAAUAUUGAAAUUUUGUUAGAGUUGAUUACAGCAUCUGCUCAAGUAAUGAGUUUUUCACAAAACCAAGAUUCUCCUUUCCUCUUGGUAAUGAGGCGAGAUUCGCAGUCAGGUAUUUUCUUGAGUACACCGUUGGCAAAACCAGCGAUACCUCUCACGGAAAUGUACAUCACAUUGCUUUUACUCAUGAAAUUCAAUUCAAAGGAGCUUAAUCUUGCGGCUCUUAACUUGUUGGUCCUAUUUUUAGAAAAUCUUCAUGUUCUGGAAGUGUUCCUGGAUGGCAUUAUUUUUCGCAACUAUGACAAGUUGUUUGCUGAUAUUGUUCAUUUACUAGACACUGGUAACAACUACGAUGGCACAGAAGAUAGCAAAGGAAGUAAAGGUUCUAAAAGCAAUGGCCCUUUACCAAUAAACGCGCUAUUUAACCAAGCAUCAUCGUCUAAUGCGCCACUACUUUUGACGUCUGCUACAAAAAUCUUGACUAACUUAUGCACGCAGUACUCGGCCUUGAAUAGUAGGAUAUGGGAUACGAAUAUUGACUAUAAGUUAGUAUGCAAAAUGAGAUACUGCUACGAACAGGCUGGAUUGUUUAAAGUGUUUGAGACUUUGAAAGCCAGAUCGAAGUUUGGAACAGUGUUGGUUGAUUUUACUUCGAUACCUACGAAAGAUGCCUACUUUGCCGAAUUGGCAGAUCUCCUUUUGCUUCUCAGUGUAUACACAAGUGAGCGAGAAGAGUAUCGAAAUAGGUUGGUUUCGUUUUAUCAGACCACAGGACUCAAUAUCCCACAAGUGAUUUUCGACAUUGUUGAAAAUUACCAUUUCCUUCUCAACCAAAUACAAUUGCUGCAAAAAGUUUUAAGGCUUACAUUUAAAGCCAAAGAUGGAGGGAAUGGAGAAAAUGAGGCGAUUCAACGUCGCAUUUCCUGGCUUGGCAGGAAUUUAGGUGUGAUUUUUGAAUUGGAGAACUCGCCACUUUUCACACAUUGUUUUUACUUUAUUCGCUCGCAAUCGAGAUCAGUGGCUACUUUGAGGACAUUUUUUGUCGAGACUAACUCAUUCAAGAGCUUUGUGUCUCGAGACAAUCAAGGCGCCUUACUGUCUGGGUCAGGUGGCAAUAUAUCAUCUCCAUCCAAUCAUCUGACAAUAAGGCCGCGCGUAGAACUGGAACCAGCUUCCAUUGUCGCUUCUGAGCAUUCCCUGACUCUGUCAGCUGGGGGCUUUGUUACCAAUAUUUUGGAGGUUAUUCGCCUUUAUGAAACUUUGGAUUUGGCAUUGGAUUACAUCUUCAAGGUGAACAGAAAUAGGAUUUUACGAGAAGCAUCUUUUCGAAAGAAAUUUGCAACUGAUAAAGCAAUCUGUGUCAGUCUAUUAGCCAACUUUAUUCUCGAUUUCAGCUCCUUCAGGUACAAGAUUAUCGGAUACGAAAACUUUUUGUCGAGUUUGUCCAUAAUUUAUCAAAACUCGGCCACCGAUUUUGAUGAUAUUUCAGAACUCAGUGAGGAUGACGUCUUUGAAAGAAACGUUAUGCAAUUAAGGAUAUUGCAAGUUAUAAAAAACUUUAUGUAUAACGAGGCUUCUGAAAAUAAGCAAGAAGUGUUGAAUUUUUUCCCCUUGAGUCACAUACUUCAAAAGGCAAACUAUGGGAUUAUAAGCUCGGUUGCUUCUCUGGCACUACCAAAAGAAACAAUGGAAACCAAGAUACAUCAAAAGGUUGUGGCGUUUGAAAUUUUGCGAAAUUUCACCGCGGGAUCCCCGUCUUUCUCUCAAAUCUUGAGAGAGUCUUAUAUCAAUGAGUAUUUGAACAAUGAGCAACCAGAGGUGCAACCAUUACUUCCACAGAAUUGGUCCGAAUUUGUGACUCGAAACUUGACUGAAACAUCUGUGUUCUUGCCCCAAAAGUCCCAAAGUUUCAACUUCUACAAUGAUGAAGCUCUUGUAGAGUUAAUUGGCAAUGAGGACUAUGUAAAGAUGGUUAGAUCAAUAAAUUUCACUGAGGACCAUACCUACACUGUGAUUGAUAAGAUAAGACAAGAACUUUUCCCCAAUGACUCAUUAUUGCGAAUUUGGAUGAGGUUACUUUUGUUCCAAUUACCUGAGCUGGUCUCCACAAAUGUCCAUUAUAACCCAGAGUACUUGAACAAGAAUUUGAAUAUGAUCAAAAUUUCGAUCGCCUGGAUUCUAGUCAACUUGACUUGGAAGUCGACAGUGUUUGGCUAUGACAUCCAAAAUUAUACUGACUAUGAGGUGUACCAAACGGUAGAUACUCUGAGAAUUAAAAGAGCUAUUUCUCAACAAGAGAAGAAUGAGCAACCACUUAUUGAGCCACAGCCUAGCGAACAAGAAUUGGAAAGUGAUGAACUAUCAGUGUAUGACCGUGCUAGAUACUUGGACAAAUUCGGAUUUACAAAAGCCAUCUACGAUGUACUUACUACUUAUUCCAGAAUAGCGUCCAACCAUUCUCAAAAAUCUGCUGGCGCAAUAGAACCUGAAGUAUUUGAGAAAUUAAGAAGUGCAUUGCAUCAAAUUAACUACCUAUGUCGGGGUGUUCGUGCGGGUAGUUUUGCGACAGAUUUGAGAGCCAAUCAUGCAAGGGGAGGUGGUGGUGGUGGUGGUGGUGGUGGUGGUGAAUUGAGGCUCCAUCGAAAUCAAGACAAUUCAGUCGACGUGGUUGAUGAACGUGGCGACCUCCUCGACGCUGAGAUUAGGUACGAAAGAUCAAGAAGGAGAGACGCAAUUGAUUCAGAAGAUGAUGGAAAUAAUGAUGAGGAAAUGCAUGAGGAUAACUCUUCCGAAAGCGAUCCAGAAGUCAGGCAAGCCGGGGGGAAUGAGAGCGAUGAGUCAAAUGAGGAUAUGCCUCAUGAAUACUGGGUAAUGUAA